GGAGGACUCAGGACAUUGCUGGUCAGAAGGGCCCUGAACACCUAGUCUGAUCUUGCAAACAGGUGCUUGCAGUAAUAAGCUCUCAGUCAGCGUAGCAGGGAUACCACUGUGGCAGGAAAUACUGUGGGAAAACAUGAUCAUUAGAUUCAACUGGCUGAAAAGUGGCCUCUUUCUUUUGGGGAUGCUCUUUAUAGUGUCCCAUCUUGUGCUCUCUGAGGAGGUGGCUGCUGGAGAUAAAGAAGUCACAUUCAGCCAUGUCUACAGAAUUGAUUCUGGUUGUAAGCAGGAUUCCCAGAGUGGCCUGCUUUCCCAGGAUCAAGCCUCAGAAGGACAGAUUGUCACAGUGGAUGGAGAGAAUGAUAUUGUCUUCAAGCACAACAUUCAUGUAAAGUCAGCUGGUUGUGGGUGUGCAGACUCAGAGGACUUCAAAGCCCUAAUGUACCGUGUCAAUGGCCUGGAGGAAGAGGUCACCUACCUAAAGAGUCAAUGUGCUCAGGGCUGCUGCAAAGGAGGGUCAGGUGUGGACACUAGCUGCAGUGGGCAUGGCACCUACCAGCAGGACUCUUGUAGCUGUAAAUGUAACCCAGGCUGGGAGGGUCCUGACUGCUCCAUCUCAUCCUGCCCUGAUGAAUGCAAUGAUAACGGCCGCUGUGUUGAUGGACGCUGCGUCUGUUAUGAAGGGUACACCGGCCAUGACUGCAGCCAGCUCACAUGCCCCAGCGACUGCAAUGAUAAAGGCCAUUGUGUGGAUGGCAAAUGUGUGUGCUUUAGUGGAUUUUCUGGAGAAGAAUGCAGUGUCGCAACUUGUCAGAAUAACUGUGUAGGAAAUGGACGCUGUGUGGAUGGACAGUGCGUCUGCGAUGAGGGAUUCUUUGGACAGGAUUGCUCCAUAGUUCUAGGUCCAAAAGGUCUCCAUCUGAUCAAGGCCACAGAUGUCUCUCUGCUGGUGGAGUGGGAGUCUGUUAGAGGAGCUGAGUACUAUGUCCUGUCCUACUAUCCAAAGGGAGAUGAGGGAGCCAUUAAGGAGGUUCAGGUGGCCAACACAGAAAACUCCUACCUAAUUACUGGCCUCAGGCCCGGAGUCACAUAUAUAGUGCAAGUGUAUGCUGUCAUCAGAGGGAUUAACAGUGAAUCUGACCAGAUAGUGGCCAUGACCGAGGUUUCUGGUAUUGAUGGAAUCCAGGUGGUGAGCCAGACUGAGAACUCUAUCCAGGUAGACUGGCAAAACCCCACAAUUGCAGUGGACUACUUCAAAUUGAUGCAUGCUAGCGCUGAUGGCAAGGAGGGAUGGGAAAAUGUGGCAAUGAACCAGGAGGCCAGAACCAUGCACACCAUUGUUGGCCUGAACCCAGGAACAGAAUAUCAGAUAUCUGUGCAAGCAAUCAAGGGUGAAAUAGAAGGCAAAGCAUCAUAUGCCAAAGGCAUCACAGACAUUGAUGCCCCAACCAAUCUGAUCACCAGGGAGGUGACAGAGAACUCUGCAACUGUGACAUGGGAUGGUGUUCAGGCUGAGAUUGAUGGCUAUAUUCUGACCUAUAGCUCUGCUGAUGGCACCAGCCAAGAGGUGAAAGUGGGAGCAGAUGCUAUCUCAUACCAGCUGACCUCUCUGAAGCCAGGUGUCCUGUACACAGUUUACCUCUGGGCUUAUAAGGGGUCUCAAUCAAGCAGGAAGAGCAUGACUGAGGCCGAGACGGACAUAGACGCUCCUACUAACCUCAUGGCCAAAGAGGUGACAGAGGACACAGCAAGGGUGAUAUGGGACAAGGUGCAGGCACACGUUGAUGGAUACAUGCUGAGCUACAGCUCUAUUGAUGGCUCCAGCCAGGAGGUUCAAGUGGGAAUUGACAGCACCUCCUACAGUUUCCUUGGUUUGAAGCCAGGGGUUGUCUACACAAUCUAUGUGUGGGCUGUCAAGGGCCUGCGCUCUAGCAAAAAGAGCUCUACGGAUGCAGAAACAGAAAUAGAUGCUCCUACUAACUUCUUAACCAGAGAGGUGACGGAGGACUCUGCAUUGGUGACGUGGGACAAGGUGGAAGCAGACAUUGAUCGCUACAUGCUGAGCUACAGCUCUAUUGAUGGAUCCAGUCAGGAGGUUCAAGUAGGAGCUGACAGCACCUCCUACAAUUUCACUGGUCUGAGGCCGGGAAUUGUCUACACAGUCUACGCCUGGGCUGUGAAAGGCUCUCGCUCUAGCAGAAAAGCCUCAACUGAAGCUGAAACAGAGAUUGAUGCACCCAAAAAUCUCAAAGCCAUUGACGUUCAGACGCAAACCUCUACUAUAACAUGGAAAGCUCCUCAAGCUAAAAUCGAUGGCUACAUCCUGACUUACAGGCCCGAGGAUGGCAGCAUGCAGGCUGUAGAAAAAACUUUGACUACAGGAGAGAAUAGAUUUGCUCUCUCUGGCCUUGCAAUGGGAAGAAAGUACAUUGUCAACCUUAUUGCCUACAGGGGUACAAAGAGGAGUAGGUUGGUGGAGGUAACAUUUAGUACAGUGGGUCUGGCCUAUCAGUUCCCAAUGGACUGCAUUCAGAUUCUAAAGAAUGGAAACAUGGAGAGCGGAGUGUAUACAAUCUACAUUAAUAACAACCAUAGCAGAAGCAUUCAGGUGUACUGUGACAUGACAACUGAUGGUGGGGGCUGGAUUGUGUUCCAGAGACGAAACACUGGCAAAUUAGAUUUCACGAAGCGCUGGAGGGAGUAUAUUAAAGGCUUUGGAGAGCUGACAGAUGAAUUUUGGCUUGGCUUGGAGAAGAUUCAUGAGCUGACCAAUACUCCUAUACAGUACGAGGUGCGUUUCGAUCUAGGCUUGGGAUCAGAGCGGGUAUACGCAGUCUAUGAUAACUUCAAAUUAGCACCUGUCAAACAGAAAUAUAAACUUACCAUUGGCAACUACAAAGGAAAUGCUGGUGAUGCCAUGACAUACCAUCAGGGAGGGUCUUUCUCCACAAUUGAUUCAGACAAUGACAUUGCACUUGGAAACUGUGCUUUUACUCACCAAGGUGCCUGGUGGUAUAAGAACUGCCAUCUGGCCAAUCUUAAUGGCAAAUUCGGUGACAACAGACACAGCAUGGGGGUAAAUUGGGAACCAUGGAAGGGGCACCUGCAGUCUCUUGACUUCGCUGAAAUUAAGAUCCGACCAGUGGGGACAGCAAGCAGACAAAAGAGGUCACUUAAGAGGAGGGUAGCUGUGUACUAGCAAUCACUUGACAAAACAAAUGACAAAUUUUGUAAUAGAACCAAACAUUCUUGACUUUAAAACAAGUCAACUAACAGAACAGUUUGGAAUUUGUCUUCAUAUCAGGAAUGCCUCUUAAUGCUGCAGAUUCAAUGUUGUGUAAUGUAUUUUUAUCACGUUACAAAAGAUUAUGUUAUACCGUACUUCUUUAAUUUAGUAUAUACACACUGUAUAUGAAAGGAAACAAAAAACAAUUUAUGUAGCAUGACUGAUGUCACAGUGCCAUUCCUAACCCAAUGAUCAAAUGUAAUUUUUAUAGGCCUACAUUUAAGUGAAGAUAUAUUAUAUAAUGAUCUUUACAGAACUUCUUAUUUUUUAUUUUAAUACACAGUGUUUUGUACCAAAAGAUAUACUGUAUAAUUCAAAAGUCAAAAGUUCAAUAUUUUGAAUUGCCAUUUUUUCCCAUCGUAAUAAUUGACAGUUAGCAUACUGUAGAUUCAAAUGUCAUGCAUAAAAAUAUGUUUUAUAAUAUAAGUCAAGCUACAAUGUCUUCCAUCUGGAUUUGUACUGUAGUUGUACUGUAAUUCCUGACACAGACACAAAAUGAAGUGUCACAUA